AGAAUCAUUUAUGUUUCUUUCUCUUUAUUUUAAGGUCCGAUGCUUGGGCUAGGUAGACAGCAGAGGUUUAAGUUAAUGCUUCGAAGAUCAGCUGCAGGACUGCUUGCAUUGUGUACUGUUUUGACAAGACAUACUCGUGGCAUUAUGGCAUGGAGGUCGAGUGGAAGUAGCAAUGCAAAUUUGAUUGAUAAUUUACAUGCAAAUGGAAUUAUAAAAUCGGAUAGAGUUGUAAGUGCCAUGAAAGCUGUGGAUAGAAAGAAUUUCGCCAAACAUAACCCAUAUGCAGACUCUCCACAGACCAUUGGUUACCAUGUUACAAUAAGUGCACCUCAUAUGCAUGCACAUGCAUUAGAGCUGUUAUCUGGACACCUGAAAGAAGGUUCAAAAGCUUUAGAUGUUGGUUCUGGAAGUGGUUAUCUCACAGCAUGUAUGGCUCUCAUGGUAGGUCCUCAAGGUAAAGCUGUUGGUAUAGAUCACAUAAAAGAACUUGUAGAUGGGUCAGUAGAUAAUAUCAAAAAGGAUCCAAAUUUGGCAAAGUUGCUGGAGACAGGACAAAUCACUAUGGUAACGGGUGAUGGAAGGAAAGGGUACGAGCCUGAGGCACCAUAUGAUGCUAUACAUGUAGGGGCAGCUGCUCCCACUUUACCUCAAGAUCUAGUUGAUCAGUUGAAACCAGGAGGACGGCUUAUCAUUCCUGUAGGCGGACAGGGCGAAAAUCAACAAUUACAGCAAAUAGAUAAAUUAGCAGACGGUACAAUAAAGAAACAGAACUUAAUGGGCGUGAUAUAUGUUCCAUUGACAAGCAAGGAGAAGCAAUGGCCAAGGUUUCGAUAAAAGUUUCCUACUCUGUCUAUCCCUCUGCAUGGGUUUAUACCAGUUCCAGAGAUGAUUUAUGAAUUUGGAAAACAGAUCAUUUCAAGGACAACAUUUUAUCAUGACCUGGUAUUUAGUGUUUACGAAACCAUUUGCGAAACCAUCAUUCAAGCUUCCGGUGAUGUACGGUAGUAACUUGGAUUGUUUACUGGUUAUUCGUUAAUUGCCUUGAUAUUUGUUCAUGAAAUAUCAGUUAUCAUUUCAAAAUUUCAUACACGCACAUGGGAGCAUUGAAAUCCAGAUUUUACUUUAAAAGGAGAUAAAUAUGAUGAUAUUUAAAUCAGAAAGUUCACACGAAUUUUGAUACAAUAUCGUUUCAAAAAGUGGCUUCAGUGUUUGACACGGCUUCUGUGUUUGACAAUGCACUUAACUUUAUAAACACUAGUGGAGUGAGGGGAUGAAGUGUGUUUUAUUAUCAUUAUUAAUAUUAUAAUUUCCAUUAUUUAUAAAAGGCUUCGUCCAGUAUUCAUGGAAAUGAUUUGUUUCAUCUUUAAAUGAAUUACGAAAGUGUUUUAUUGUAUUCUUUUUAUAGGGCAACAAUGUGUUUACUUCCUUUUUUUACAAAUUGUGCCAUUGAAUGUUGUUGUAGCUUACAUUUGCAACUCUUGAGCAUUUUAAGAGUUAAAAGGUGGCUAAUAACGAGUGAAUAGAUGACUUAAUUUAUUUAGUUAAAUAUUUCUUAGAAGACUAGAAAUAUUUUAAUUCCAGAUGUGAUUGAUAGUCUUAAGAAAACAAUUCUUUUGCAUUUUGAGCAUGCAUAGAAAAUUGGUUAAAGUGAAAUGUUUGAAUGUAAGUAGUAAAUAUAUAAUGGACAGACAGGAGAGACAUAUAGAUUUUGUCUUAUUUGGAAAUAUCACCAUAACUAUAUUUUGUUUAAUUUGAGAACUGGAUAUGAAGGAGCCACUGACAUUUGCCAUAUUUGACAAAUUAUUUGAGUUGUUUCAAAGGAUGUAAUUUUUGGCAUGGUACCACCAUAUUUUUUGAAUUUCUGAAAAAAAAUUAAGUUGUUAUGUUUUAUCAUUUAGAAGCUCUGUGCUUUUAUUUUUAUUGAUUUUUGCAGAUAUGACAUCUAUGCUUUGGCAAUUUUUCCUCAAACCAAUUUGCAUUCAGAAGUGUAUUGUCCUGAUUUUGCGAUGCUGUUGUUUGAAAUGUUUAAAAAAAACAUUUUGGUUCAAGAAACUUUUAUGCAUUAAUAAAAAUGUAGAUGUUUAUCUAUUUAUAUUUCCUGUAUUUAUUAAACCAUUAAAAGAUCAGAUAAUCUGAAUACUUGGUUAUCAUCUUGUAAUACUUUGUUAACUUAUCAAUAGUGCCAACCUGUUGUUUACCAUUGAAUUAACAAUUCAUUUACAAUACCUGUAUUUUUCACUUGUUAUAUGUCGCAUUGCUGGUAUAUCUUCAGUUUCGUUUCUGAAAUUCGUUUUUGAUUUUAUAAUAACUGGUUAUUAUUAUAAUCUUGUUUCAUAAUAUGUUCUAAUCUGCUGAAUAAUAUGUGAUAUUCAAUAGCUUUUAAACAAACCGGUCUUUUCAAGAUCAAUUAUUGUUCAGAAUUGGAAUAUUGUUAUUUAAUUUCUCAUAAAAUGGCAUCAUAAGAGAAAGAGUUAGCUGUUAAUUUAUGAAAAUCUAUCUUGUUAAAUUCAUGAUCCAUAAUCUUUCAAGAUAUUAAUCACUAACCAGAUGUUUUGUUUAAUUCAAACAUAUCAAUGAGUGCUAGUGCUGAUUUGGCAGUGAGAAGUGUCUCUCUUUGUUUUAUUUUCUCAUUUAUAUUGUCUUGCUAUAAGCACACACUUGUGUUGAUUUAUAUUUGACCUUUGUUAUAUAAUGCAAUGAAUUCAA